GUUUUUUUUUGUAAUAGUGGUUGGGAAAUUACUUCCGAGAUGCACAUACUUCAUCGAUCACACGUGCUCCCACUACCAUAGUAAUGGGCUAAAUGACCGCCUCGACUACAUAAUGAACUGCUUAGGGAUCGUCUGCACACCUUGCUCGAAAACGUGUCGGACAUGUGCUGCGGACUCCGACGACUCGUCGAAGUUUGAACGAUUACGUGCGACAUUGCUUCCAUCUCCAAAGCCUUCUUUUGGCUACUGAGUCAUGGUCAUGGAAACUCCGACCGCUCUUCACAUAGGGCGGGAGUUUGUCCGACAGUAUUACACGGUGCUCAAUAAGACUCCCCUACAUUUGCACCGGUUCUACAGUCAGGACUCCUCCUUCGUGCAUGGGGGCCCUGAAAAGCAGGAGUGUGUAAUGGGUCAGCAUGAUAUCCAUCAACGCAUCAUGCAGCUCAAUUUCCGUGACUGCCAUGCGAAGAUCAAGCAAGUGGACUCGCUCACCACUUUGGGUGAAGGUGUUGUCAUUCAGGUGACAGGAGAGCUGUCGAAUGCUGGCCAGCCGAUGCGCCGUUUUAUGCAGACAUUUGUACUGGCACCCCAGCAGCCUUUGAAGUACUACGUGCGCAAUGACAUCUUCCGUUACCAGGAUGAGGUAUUCACAGAGGAGGAGGAAGAGGAAGAAGGUAGCACGGCUGCUGAGCAAGCACAGGAAGAGGCUCCUGAGCCCCUAAUGACACACCAUCAAGCUGCACACUCGGAAGUGGCCCAGCACCCUGCUGAUGCCUCAACCCCUCUGGUGAAUGAGGUAUCCCUGCCUCCUAGGGGAGAGCAGCUGGGCAACGGGGGUAGCAGCCCACCUUCCAACAGCGUGGCCCCAACUUCUGGUCGGCCGGCUUAUUUUGAGUCGCAGGUCAUGCGAAAUGGGACGGCACAUCUAGUCUCGGAAGGCGAGAUUUCUUCACAAGCUUCCCUGACAAGUGGCAGCCCUCCAGAAGCACCUUCUUCAGCCACCACUGUUCCUACCAGCAAUUCAAUGAACUGGAAAGAUGAUGAAACCCCAGCACCACCUGCUGCGCCACAAGUCAAUCAUCAGGCACUUCCCGAGACAAAGACUUAUGCCAACAUGGUGAGCAAGAACUCCGCACCAAUCUCGUCAGCUGGAUUUACGUCCCUAAGUCCUGCGGCACCUUUUGGUGGCGCUACUACCAGUGGGGCAGGACAUGGUCCUGCAUCAACAGGACACCCUGGAGGGCGAUUUGGAGGUGAGCCCCUGCCUGGGGGCCUGCCACCAAGGCAAGACCAACGGCAGGGUCCACGAUCUCAGCAGCAGACACGGCCACCACGUUCUUCAUUGCCGCCGCCCCCUAAGCGGGCAGAGGGUAGCCGAAACGAAACUGUACUCGGCAGCGAUGACGGGACUGCGCCACCACCUCUCCGCUCUGGUGCCAAGCCACAGUAUCCCGACAACCAACAGGUGUUUGUGGGAAAUCUGCCGCAUACUAUCACUGAGGAGCAAGUGCGAAAACGCUUUGAGGAGUUUGGCCAUGUGCUUGAGUUCCGGAUCAACUCCAAGCCAACAGGCAAGAUGACAGCUGGUGGCAAAGCUGUACCGAACUGUGGCUUCGUCAUCUUUGAGAGCUUUGAGGCUGUCCAAAUAGUACUACGGAAUGUGCCCAUCUACAUUAAUGAGACUCGUGUGAAUGUUGAAGAGAAGAAGACCAAGCAGAAGCUUGCCACAGAAGGACGAGGGGGCAGCUUUACAUCAGGCAGCCCCCGCAGUGGAGGAGCGGGUGGGCUCAUGCAGAGAGGAGCCCCUGGAGGGCGUGCUAAUGGGGCUGGUGGGCGUGGUGCCUUCUCGAGAGGUGGCAGCCGUAACCCUCCUGGUGGUGGUGUCGGCAUCAGGCACAACUAGACCUACUGCAGCUUGUGUGCUGGCCCCACCGAGCAGCAGUCCCUGUACCCGUGGCACCCUCCUGCUCUCGUUGGACUGUCCCGUGAACGACUCUGCAUCUGCACUCCUCUUCACUCCACCACCCUGUCACCUUGUUACUACUCACCCCCUCACCCCCACUAGACAUCCCCUUUUUUUCUGUUUGUUUUUUAAUUUCAAUUUUUUUGUUUUUACUCUUUUGCAACUUUCAUUGUCAGCAUUUAUUACAUGUUGUUCAAUUCAUUUUUCCCUUUUUUUUUUUCGUGAGGUGGUCUUGUUAGCUCUACACCAUGCAAAAGGCAAGUGACACUUGCUCUUAUUGCAGCAAGUCUCCUCUUUGUGACAGACCCUCAAGCACUUUGGCCUCUUUCCCUAUCGACUUAUUGUAUUUUUGUUGCUUGCCAUUUCACAUUAUUCAUCUACAUUCUGCCUCCAAGACCAAAAAUGUAGCCACUUCUUCGUCUGUCGAUUGGCUGCUGCACUUCAUAGGGUGUUUAUUUCAAGGUGAAGGGUUGGGGUGGGAGUACUGGUGGAAGGGAAGAGAAGCCAGGGACAAGCCUAGCUGCUGCAGGACGGUGCUGGGAAAAGGGAGCUCGAAAUGCGAAUGGAUGCAUUACUCCUUGCCCAUGUAGACACAAAACACGCAAAUCGUGGUGAAACUCAAACCCUGCAUCUUACUUGGCUGAGCCAAGGAAGAUUUGUGAAACACAGGCUGCAUGACCAUGCAAAUUAUGCAUACCAGGCUGUGCCACCGAUUCACGGCCAAGGAAGGGUGAACUUUGGAAAUGGAAGCUUUUUUUGCCGGUCAUAAUUCAUUUAUACAACAUACUACUGUUAUUUUUUGUUAGGUUUUUGUAUGUAUGUUUGUGGCUCAUGUACGAUGUCCUUUUGUAAGGAAAAGGAGAAAUACCAAAAAAAAGGAAGAGCGAAAGAAAAAAAAAACAAUGGGAAAAAAGUGUUCAACGAGUAAAGAGUGGUCAGCCUACGCCUCCUCCUCUUGUUCCACAUCUCUCUCUCCCCCUUUUUUUUCCUCCCUGACUCUCUCCUUUAGGAACUUAUUUAAUUUUGUGGCCUCCUGUAUAUAAAUGAAUGGUUGAGAACCUAUAGGCCCCCACUUCCUUGCUUUCAUUUACAAUUUUAAAGGAAUUAGAGGUGGAGGAGUGGUAUUCAGAUUGACACUGGUUCUUAGCAGCUUUUGUGGGAAAGAACCUACAGACCCCCUUUAGUGUAGUGAGGUUCCCUCUGCAUAGUCAAAUGCUCCCCCUGCACAGUGAGGUCACUUUUGUUCUUCUGAACACUGAAGUUGUGACUGUGUUAAUUUUUAUUUCGGUGGAAGCGUCCACAAUCGAGUUUUUUUUUCCCUAAUUUGGCCUCAUUUGGCCAAUGCUGAAGGUGUGUAACUGCAUGCCAUCCUUCUGCAGUGAUGUAAAUAUUGUGGGGUAAGCUUCAUGGGCUGCCAUGUGUACACAGUCUGGUUUUGUUUGCAACUACAAGUCUUUCUUGUUAUUUUUUCCCCCUCAGUUGUGGUUCAGUAUGUCUUGAUCACUGUUUCUGCCUGACCAACCAAUUCUUUGCUGCUACAGUCAGUUUGUUUCCUCCUUGCAAUUCAUCGUCAUUUGCUGUUUUUAUAUAAUGGUGAAAUCAUUAACCCAUAGCCGUAACUUAAGAAAGGCCCAUCUAGUGCAAAAAGAUGAAGAUGAAUAAAAAGAUGAAGCAAGGUAUCACCUUGGACCUUGUUGCUUGA